AUGCAGUUUUCUCUUGUCCAGGUGGCCUCCAUGGCCGCUUUCUUCGGCCUCUCCGCCGCUGCUCCCGCCGAUGCCGUUCUUCAGUCAAACAACCUCGUCUCCCGCGCGCAGUUUACCUGCGACAGGCUCGUGGCCGGUCUCGACAAGGCCGACUGCCAGCACAUGGCCAAUAUUGGCAUGAAGGCCCAGGGCAAGAACAGCAAGUCUAACAAGGACAAGAUCUGGAUCGGCGGCGACGGUAAGAACACCUUCAAGUUCACCAACUCUGCCUCCAAGCCAUCCAAUGCCCCUGUUACCCUUGUCCUCUGGUACAACGCCCCCAAUGACUACCAGUCGAGCUUCAUGAAUGUUCGCCAGGCUCACAUCACCUACUCGCUUCCCAAGGUUGGCGACAGCGUCACCAUCUCGCUCGACAACGGCAUCUCUGGCGGCUGGUCCACGCUCGUCAACGAAGCCACCACCCUCAGUCAGUACGGCCAGAUCUACAACACUUGGGGCGAAUUCACCACUGGCGGCUACGCCACUGUGGAUGUCUCGCGCGAGGUCAACAUGGGCGGCAACACCAUGAGCGUCCGUGUCGCUGCCAACGGCUGCACCUCCAACAUGGACAAGUGCGUCUUCAAGUGUAAGAGCGGCAACACCUGUGGCGCCAAGGAUACCUACAAUCUUGACGGUUGCGCCAACGGAAGCCAGCCUGGUGCUACUUACGGAACCAGAGACGGUCAGCCCGAGGGCGGCUGCCAGGGCUGGACCAACGGCGGUCACCUCGAUAUCAAGCUUGGACGCGACGACCAGUUUUAA